GAGGCAAUUUUUAGAAAGAUCGUACCUCUUAGCCGUCACCCAUCUCUACGCUACGCUACACAUCCAUCCAAAUUGUACCCGAUCGUCUUGGCCCAAGGGUCUAUUCUUCUUCACGGACCCGUCGGUUGAUCAAACGCUUUGUUUUUUCAUUUAUUUUUUCGAUUUCCCCUUUCCUCCCAUUGUCUUCUUCGGAUCUUAUUUCUCUAUUUUAUUUCUUCUCCUCCCACCCCUUCCUUCUCCCGUCCCUCUGUGCGACAGAGUUAUUGGAGUUUCUAUUGCGCCUCGCUUUUCCCCUUCCCUGUUCACACCACUCAUGGAGGCAUUGCUGGCGCAUUCGUUUGACUAUCUCUCUUCAUACGAGCCAAGCAAGGUCCGGAAGGGUCUGCGACAGGUGGAAGGGCUCCUCGCACAGAUCUGUUUGUCCAAGUCGAAACGACCGGCGUCGGACAAGCGGCGGUCCCUCCUGUCCUUUGGAGCUCCGCAACCCGUGCCCAAGUCCCUGUCCGAACUCAAAGAUGACCCGGCUUUCAGGGAAUUCUUUAAGCUUCAGGAAGGCUUUCAAUGGAAUGUCGCAAUGCGCCUGGUAACGUGUCUCGAGCAUCUACUUGGGCGGGGCAGCAACGGUACCAAUGACGCCCUUAUUGUUACCACCCUUGACCUCAUCCAAGGCGUGCUUCUACUCCACCCGCCCUCGCGCACGUUAUUCGCGCGCGAGAUCUACAUGAAUUUACUCCUUGACUUGCUCGACCCCAUCAAUUGCCCAGCCAUCCAAUCAGCGACGCUUCUCACCUUGGUCACAGCUCUUCUGGAUCACCCAGCCAAUACACGCACCUUUGAGGACCUCGACGGUCUGCUCACCGUGACCUCACUAUUCAAGCAGCGGGCCACUUCGCGCGAAGUCAAGCUGAAGCUUGUGGAAUUCCUCUACUUUUACCUGAUGCCAGAAACUCCGAUGAUUCCAGCAAGCCAUUCUGCGCCCAACACGGCCGUCAUGGGUCAUCAGCGCAGUCCCAGCAAGCUUGGCGCAGCGCAAGUGUCCAGGAGUGUCAAUGUUCCGGGGGCGUACGGCGGCGGCAAAGCACAUCGGGAUACACGGACCACCGACGAGAAGCAAGCAUUACUAGGAAGACAUUUGAACAAUGUCGAGGAUCUGGUGGAGGAUCUCAAAGAAACCGCCCCCUUCGGCGCCACCGUCUACUAAACAUCAUUUUCGAGCGACAAUGGGUUUCUGCGUUCUUGUGUUCUGUUUUCAG